CUGGUGUUGCCCCUUCCUGAGUCGGGGAGAGAUUGACCACUUAUUGAGCCAGCCUCAAUCCUCUCCUCCAUCUCCUGUCAUCCUCCUUUGACUGCGGUACGGGAGAAUGUGACAAUAAUCCAAAGGCAUCGAAGGUCCAGAACACCGCAUCGUAGUGCUCUCCAGGUAUAAGAACCCCGUCUCAGACGACUGUUCUCUCUCUUACCUAUCCCAUUCGAGAUGGUAUACAGUCGAUUCAUUUCUGCUCUUGUACUGCUUGUGGGGUCUGGUGAGUCUGUGCGCCGUAAUCCACGCACUGAGAUCUGUCCUGCAGUGGCCCUCGCUGCGCCAUUCUCACAGAUGGAGGCCUCGGCAGGCGGUCUUGCCCCAUCAGCACCUGAGGGCUCGGCUGCCCUGCCUGGCCCUAGCGGCUCGGAUGCCGGGUUCGAUCCUCAACCCAGCGGGGGCGACACCAGCCUCAACCCUCAGCCAAGCGGUGCUGAGAACGGCUUGACUGCUCAGCCUAGUGGACUCGAGACCGGACUUGGACCUCAGCCCAGUGGCAGUGGCAGCGGCAGUGGCAGUGGUAGCGGCGCUGGCACAGGUGUUCAACCCGGUGGUGAGGGCGAGAAGCAGAGGCAACGACCUCACUGGUGGAAUCAAUUCUUCUCUUGGUCUUCAGAUUCUGGCGACGGACAAGGGGACACAUACCAUGACAACGAGCAAUACAGCUAUACCAAUGCUUAUUCGUGGACUGCGGAUGGUGAUGGGAAUACGUCCGGUUGGACUAUGCAAGAUGGAUUCACAUCUGGAGUGGAGGGGGUUUCGACUGUGCAAGGUGGAGGAGGUAGUGUCAUGCCUAUGAGCGCUGUCCCGACCGGAUUGUUCUGAUGAAGCUCCUGGAGGGCCAAGGGGAGGUGGAGGAUCUCACGUCGCACAUCCACGUUUAUCGCUGGCUCGAUAGAUCUUCUCACUCUUUUUCUGUGAUGUGAUGAAUAUGCAGCUGGUGUGAAACUGUAUGCUGGUGGAAGUGUCACCCCGUUGUCAAGAUCCGAAUUGAUGUGCGCUCCG